AUGGAAAAUAUGGGCAGGAUGAUCAGCUUGGAUGGUUCUAAUUAUCAUAUUUGGAAAGGCAAGAUGGAAUAUCUCCUUUAUGUGAAGGAGUUUCAUGUUCCAGUCUUCGAGGAGAAGAAACCUGAGGAUAAAACUGAAGAUCAGUGGAAGUUGCUACAUCGCCAAGUGUGUGGUUUGAUAAGGCAAUGGGUGGAUGAUAAUGUGAGGAAUCAUAUUGAAAAUGAGANUGAUGCUNGUUCUUUGUGGUUGAAGCUAGAGCAGNUGUUUGCUCGGAAGACCGGGAAUAAUAAGAUGUACAUGAUCAAUAAAUUGAUUGAGCUGAGGUACUAG